AUGGAAAGAGAAGUGGCCACAUUAUUUGCUCCACAGGUCCUAGAGAGAAAUCCAGAUAUUGUGGGUGUCAUGUUUAUUAUGACAAUAGAUCCAAGUAAAAUAUCAACUUCAAUCACACCAUUUGCAAUGAUUGAUGAACACAGUGCUCUCCCACAAGAACAAGAAAUACUAUUUACAAUGCACACUGUUUUUCGUGUUGGUGAAAUUACACAGACGGAUGAGAAUAGUCGUCUUUGGGAAGUAUAUUUGACUAUUACUGACGAGAGUGAUCUACAACUGCUUGAUCUUACCAGUCGAAUCAAAGAGGAAACCAGCGGUAGAGGAUCGUAUCGAAUGGGCCAAUUAAUGCUCAAAGUGGGUCAUUUCGAUCAAGCUGAGGAACUCUACAAUGAAUUACUCGAGAAUGCUUCCAAUGAUAGUGAGAGAGUAUAUAUCUAUCACCAGCUUGGGGUGAUGAAUUAUCAUCGAGGUGAAUACCAACAAGCAGUUACUUGUUACGAAAAAUCCCUCGAAAUCGAGCGAAAAACGCUUUCAGAAGAUGAUGCUUCAUUAGCGCCUACUUAUGGUAACAUACGUCUAGUGUAUAAAAACAUGGGUGAAUACUCGAAAGCACUGGAAUAUUACGAAAAAUCAAUUAAAAUAGGAGAAAUAUCUCUGCCUCCGACUCAUCCCGGUUUGGCUAUGUCCUACAACAACAUCGGUAGUAUGUAUAACAACAUGGGUGAAUACUCGAAAGCACUGGAAUAUUACGAAAAAUCACUCAAAAUCAAAGAAAUAUCUCUGCCUCCGACUCAUCCCAAUUUGGCUAUUUCCUACAACAACAUCGGUGGAGUGUACGGCAGCAUGGGCGAAUACUCGAAAGCACUGGAAUAUUACGAAAAAUCACUGAAAAUAAGAGAAAAAGCGUUGCCUCCAUCUCAUCCCAAUUUGGCUGGUAGUUACUUGAAUUUAGCAGGCUGCUACGAAACGAUGGGAGAUUAUACGGCAGCACUUAAGGCUCUUAAAAAUGCUUAUAAGAUUCAACAAAAAACAUUUGAAGAAAGUAAUAUAGCUUUUGCUUCAAUAUUCAGUUGGUACGGAAGAGUAUACCGGGAUUUGAAAGAGUACUUAAAGGCAAUAAAUUACUAUGAAAAAUGUCUCGCAAUAGAUAGAAAAAUUCUACCAGAAAAACAUCCAUAUCUCGCAAUAGCUUACAGUAAUAUAGGUGAUGUUCAUCGACUAAUGGGUGAUUAUGAAAAAGCACUGGCAUUUCAUGACAAGGCAUUAAAUAUUCAAGAAAAUGUGAAAUGUAAUCCUCUGAAUUGUGCAAAAACAUAUAUGAAUGUAGGUGAAACUUAUCGUGAAAUGAAAGAUUAUACAACAGCAUUAACAUAUUAUCAAAAAGGAUUAAAAAUACGUGAAGAAAAACUGGCAAAAAGUCAUCCUGAUUUAGCUGUAAUAUAUCACAAUAUGUCGAAAUUAUAUUUCUCCACUCAAAAAUAUAGUAUGGCAAUGAAAUAG